GCGGGAUUUAGCGGCGCUGCGAUGCGCAGGCGCAGCUGUCGGCGGGCCGGGGUUCGGCAGCCUAAGAGACGCUGAGCCCGCCACCGCGGCUUCUGCCGUCCAGCCAUGGAUAACAAGAGGCGUCUGGCCUACGCCAUCGUCCGCUUCCUACACGACCAGCUGCGGAACGGGGGGCUCUCGGCUGAUGCGCAGGAGAGCCUGGAAGUCGCCAUCCAGUGCCUGGAAACAGCUUUUGGGGUGACACUGGACAACAGCGACCUUGCGCUGCCCCAGACUCUCCCAGAAAUAUUUGAUGCGGCUGCUGAGGGCAAGGAGAUGCCACCGGACUUGAGCCCCAAGUGCACCCCGCCAUCUGAGGAGGACUUCACCGAGGCUGAGCGCCUCAAAACUGAAGGGAAUGAGCAGAUGAAAGUGGAGAAUUUUGAGGCUGCUGUGCACUUCUACGGCAAAGCCAUUGAGCUGAACCCUGCCAAUGCCGUCUACUUCUGCAACAGAGCCGCGGCUUACAGCAAGCUGGGCAACUAUGCAGGCGCCGUGCAGGACUGUGAGCGUGCCAUCCGCAUCGACCCCACCUACAGCAAGGCCUACGGCAGGAUGGGCCUGGCGCUAUCCAGCCUGAACAAGCACGCGGAGGCCGUGGCCUACUACAGGAAGGCCCUGGAGCUGGACCCCGAAAACGAGACCUACAAGUCCAACCUCAAGAUUGCCGAGCUGAAGCUGCGGGAAGCACCCAGUCCUACGGGCGGUGUGGGCAGCUUCGACAUCGCUGGUCUGUUGAACAACCCAAGCUUCAUGAGCAUGGCAUCCAACCUCAUGAACAACCCGCAAGUCCAGCAACUCAUGUCCGGCAUGAUCUCGGGGGGCCAGAACCCUCUAGGGAACCCCAGCACCAGCCCCUCACAGAAUGAUCUGGCCAGCCUCAUCCAAGCGGGCCAGCAGUUUGCCCAGCAGAUGCAGCAGCAGAACCCCGAAUUGAUAGAGCAGCUGCGCAGCCAGAUCCGGAGCCGGGCACCCAGUGCCAGCAACGAUGAGGCGCAGGAGUAACCAGCCCCCAUGUCUUCGGGCCUCCUUGGCCAACCGGAAGCCACAUGCUGCGCCCCCAAGGCCGCCCAAGAGAAAACAAAGGGGGGGCGCCGCCAACCCUUCUUGUGACUCCUGUUUCCCUUUGGCCUCGCCCCCCUUUUGUAGUUUCACGGCCCUCAGAGCCCCCAAGUGGGCACAGACCAGCACCCCCAUCCCGGCAUAAAGCCUUUUCUAGAAUUGUGGGUUGGGGGCGCCCAGCCAGAGCACCAUGCGGGUGGUGCCCCGGGACUUCACAGCGGCCCCACGCCACUGCCAACCCUGGUCGGGGCCUACAGAAGGAAACAAGUUGGGGCCCACUUCCAGUUCCUGCACCCUCCUGGGGAUCAGGGUGACCCCUGGCGUGGCUGGACCAGCCUUGAGAUUUGCCUCCUUCCUGCCCGGCACAUGACAGUCGCCCUGGGGAGCCGCAGCCGAAUGGCCGAGCAGCUGUCUCCAAGAGGGCCCUUGGAGGGUCCCCACCAGACAGAACCCGGACCCCUGAGCCCCGUGGCUGCAACACUGGCCCCUGAACCCCGUCAUCAUUGGUGCCACGUGUCACGGUGGGAAUAAAUGUGACCUCUGCCGCGUCUA